CAGAAGAGCCCCUUUCACGUGACUGAAGCUGGCCAAUAGUUGGUUGUCAGGUGACUCCCCUGUCACGUGAUCCGCGGAGCCUGCGGCCGGGAGCCAUGGAGGAAUAUGCCCGGGAGCCCUGCCCCUGGCGAAUUGUAGAUGACUGUGGUGGCGCCUUCACUAUGGGGAUGAUUGGAGGAGGUGUCUUCCAGGCUGUCAAAGGCUUCCGCAAUGCUCCAGUGGGUGUCAGGCAUCGGUUCAAAGGCAGCAUUAACGCUAUCAGAGUCAGAGCACCACAGAUUGGAGGCAGCUUUGCCGUGUGGGGCGGGCUCUUCUCCACCAUUGACUGCGGCCUAGUGAAGAUGCGGGGCAAGGAGGAUCCCUGGAACUCCAUCACAAGCGGGGCGCUCACGGGAGCUGUGUUAGCAUCACGCAGUGGGCCCUUGGCCAUGGUCGGCUCGGCUAUGAUGGGAGGCAUCUUGCUUGCCCUGAUAGAAGGUGUCGGGAUUUUGCUGACGAGGUACACGGCCCAGCAGUUCCAGAACCCCAAUCCCUUUGGAGAAGACCCCAGCCAGCUGCCUCCUAAGGAUGGCUCGCCACCUCCAGGGUAUCCAGGCUAUGGACAUUAUCAAUGAAACUGUUUGGGUCCAAGGAGAUGUCUAUUUUUGUAGGACUGGAGCAGGAAUUUCCCCAUUGAAGCUACUCAAGACGUUCACACGGCAGCACUCAAACCCCAGCAUUCAAGGAAUGCCAUUCCAAGAGUUUUCUUUGGGAAGGAGGGAGUGAGGGAAAGGGGUCAGGGGCUUAAGCGACAUUUGAACCAUGUCAUAUCUACCUCUCUGGUGGGCUUUUGUGUUGAUGGCACGAUGAGCCCCAGGAAUCCUUCCAUGUGUGCUGGGGGAGCCAGAGCCUGUGCUGGGUGAUCGGCUAACACGAAUCCUGAGACAACGUUUCUUAGCUCUGUAGCUUCUGGAUGUGUCCAAACAAUUAAAUGGUCAUGACGAAGGACUUUAGAAAGGCUGUCUCUCCCUGGCUUUUGAGUGGUGGGGCUUCUGCUUUCUCCGUAGUCGGAGAGCCCGUCCCAGGUUAGCUUGCAAAAAAUCUGUCAACAGAGCAGUGGGGGGCCUUGUUCUACCAGGUAUUGUGUGCAGUUAACGGGGUGCGAUGGUAGCAAGGAAAAGCUGAGCCCAUGUAUCAAGAGCCACGGCUCCCAAAAUAAGACUCCCUCUUCUACAUCAGGGGCUCAGUUAAUCCCUCUGUUUUUGCUGCUGCAGGAGUAACAUGGUUGGUGGACCGCAUUCUGCUUAGUGGAUCAGUUGCGCUGGCCUGCCCUGGAGCCAAGUUUUACCCCCAAUAAUGUGACGCACCGGCCUCCAGCAUCUUUAACGUUCCGAACGAGGACAGGUCAGAGGGCCAAAGAGGGUUGCAGAGCUUCUGAUCUGCCUGCAGUUUCCACCCGGCAUAAAGAAACAACCCUUUUAAUUGUGGGAUGCAGAAGGAUCUGAGGCUCUGCUGGGAUCCAGGUUGACAUAACCCUCCACAUCUGAGCCAAACAUUUCUGAUCCUUGAAAAUGAAUGGUGAUUGCCAUUUUAUAUGUUUUUAAUGCUGGGUCCAUGCCACUUCCAUUUUUAUACAAAAGCCUACUAACAUGUCGGAAAAAACCCUAUUUUAUAUAUAUAUCAGUGAUUUGCUAUGAUGCUCAUUAAAAGUGAGUGCAUCUUUACAUAUAAAACCAGACCUCUUUAUAGCAUACUUUUCAGACUGCAAAUCCCCUUCUCUUUGGCUUCCUUGUAUUUUAAGAUCUUUUCAAAGAAAGAUGGUAUGUAUUAUCUGUUACAGGUGUAAAUACAAACUGGCUCUAUGG